CGCUUGAAGUUAGUGAACAAUAAUAUUUUUUUUAGAUUUAAAAUUUUUUUGUUUAAAAUGUAUUUACGCUGAGUGUACAUUUCCGACAAAAUCUCGUCGUGGAUCAGGAACCUUCCAUUCUUUUUCCUAAAGCCCAAUUGAGGUCUCCCAAGACUAUAUCCCAUCAUGGAAGGCUCGAGAUGGGGAGAUUUUUUCAAAAAGACAUUAACAAAUGUCGAAUCCAGCCUUGACAAAGUCUUAGAAGUACCAAAUCAUGAAGGAGGAAGUCCUGAUGCACCGAAGUCAAAGGAUGAUGUUAUUCGAAAGUUGGUUGAAGAAGGACAGGCUUUAUCCAAACAUGAAUUACAGUUGAAUAAUACAAUUAAAAAUUUAAGAAAGAAUUUAAUUGAAACGGAAUCCAAAUUGAAGAGACAAGAAGUUGGAAAGUCAGAAGACGCGCCCAAUACAACUGAUGAGUCGAAGGUUGAUGUUCAAGAACGACUGGAUUCCGUAAGGAAAGAUUAUGAGAAUCGAAUUGCUCUUUUGGAAAAAGAAAAUGAAUUAUUAAAGAGAAAGGUUGAAGAAGUUACAGUCGAUAGUAUGGAAGUUGUUCGUCUUACUCGUCAAGUUGAGACGUUAUCGACUCAACAGUCUAUACAAAAAAGCCAAUGGCUUCGUUCCGAAGAGAAACUUAAAGCUGAAAUAGAAUAUUUAAGUGGACAAUGCCAUAAACUCGCUGAAAAUAACCAAUUGGCUCAGAAAGAUUCCAGCGCUGUUAAUGAAAAGCUUUUUGGGUUCAUGCAAAGAGAAGAAGCAUUCAAAAAACAGUUAGAAUCCAAAAAUGAUGAAAUUGAGAAAUUAUCAAAGUCCUUUACUGAUCUUCAACAAGAAUAUCAAACAAAAACUCAAAUGUUGCAACAGACCAUAGAAUCCAGCACGGUUGCGGCACCUACUGAGAUAUUUCCGAAUUCAGUUGAUACCCUUGCUAAAAAGAAUGACGGUGAAGAUGUUGAGUACUAUCCUAAUAAUGACGAUAAUGAACAUACCCCUACGAAUGCGUCCAAACCCAAUUUGGCAGGUAAUAUGAAUGUCCUAGACAAGGAUAAGCAGGAUAUCGAUUCUCAUUUCGAUAUGCGUACUAGUUCCUCAAGUUCAAAUCGAAAUCGACCACCGCCUUUAAAGCUGAAGGGCGAUAUCUACAGUGAAGAGAACGGAGUGUUCUCAGAAGACGACUUAACUCGAGAUACGGAAGUGACAAAGCAAGAGGUUUUGGAAAAUUACUUGAAUACGCUUGCGAUUUCACCCACAGAGCAAAAAGCACCUCGACUACCACGGACGGCGUCAGAAGGGAAGAGAAUGGGUAGACAGUCGUCAUCAAGGUUCACUUCGAUGAAUAGCAUGGUCAUGUCUCCAAAAUCAGCUUCACAUGAUUUUGAUGCUUUAUCUUCUCUUUCAUACACACCAAGUACUACUGAAAAACCAGUCGGUAAUACUGGUCCAGAUAUGAGUCUCUUAGAACAACUAUCGUCUACGAUUCGCCGCUUAGAGGCGGAAUUACAGACUACAAAACAACAAGUUGUACAACUUAUAAAUCAACGUGAUCAGGCGCGUCAGGAAAUAGUGAAUUCGUAUGUGGAGAAAGAAACGAAAGAUACCUCAGAACGUGAACUUACUGAGCUACGUGAGCAAUACGACAGUCUUCGAAAGGAACUCACGGAAGCCCAAGCUAUCUUACGGCGACGAACCGACCGCGUCUAUGAACUCGAGUUAGAUAUAAAAGAGAUGCGCCAGCUUUACCAAAGUCAAAUCGAUCUCUUAGCCAGAAAUUAAACCAAUGCAUGUAUUCGCAAAUAGAUAUCGUAAUUAUUCAUUUGCAAACACAGUUCAUACUAUGUUAAUCCAAAGAAAAUAUAAAUAAUCUAUAAUCAUCAUCUUAUUAAACAUAUGC